UUUUUUUUUUUUCCUCUUUGAAUAUAUUUACUAUUUUGACCAUGAGUUCGUUUGAUUUUAAUAAUGAUUCUCAUAGACGAUUCAAUCCUUUGACUAAAACAUGGGUAUUAUGUUCUCCUCAUCGAACUCAACGACCUUGGCAAGGACAACAAGAAGGACCCCAAUUGGAACAACGACCUAUUUAUGAUGCCACUUGCUAUUUGUGUCCUGGAAAUAAGCGUGCUAAUGGUGAACAUAAUCCAAAGUAUACCUCCACCUUUGUUUUUCCUAAUGAUUAUGCGGCAGUCAAGUCAGAUCAACCCGACUAUCCUCAACCAAAGAUGAAUGGUAUUACCAACCGUAACAACAACAACAGCGAUAUGGAUGAUGGACAAGAUGAUUUAUUUUGUGUGGAAGGUGUUCGUGGAGAAUGUCAUGUUAUCUGUUUUUCACCACGUCACGAUUUGACCAUGGCAGAAAUGACGGUAGAUGAAGUGGCGCUGGUAGUGCAACAAUGGACAGAUAGUUACAAAUAUAUCAAGCAGGAACGACCUUGGAUACGAUAUGUACAAAUCUUUGAAAAUAAAGGUGCAGCUAUGGGUUGUUCCAAUCCUCAUCCUCAUGGACAAAUGUGGUGUACUGAAAGGGUACCUCAAGAACCUCAGCAAGAACUCGUGGCUUUCGAUGAAUAUCAAAACAAACAUGGAAGAUGUCUAUUGUGUGACUAUGUCAAACGGGAACUGGCUCAACCUGAAAAGAGAGUGGUGAUGGAAAAUGAUUCGUUUGUGUGUUUGGUUCCUUUUUGGGCGGUGUGGCCUUUUGAAGUCAUGGUACUCUCCAAACGUCAUUGUACUGAUCUAUUGGAUUUGGCUGAUUCAAAACAAGAACAAGAUGAUUUAGCCGACAUACUUCGUCGUAUUGCUUGCCGUUAUGACAAUCUCUUUGAAUGUAGUUUUCCUUAUUCUAUGGGUGUUCAUCAAGCUCCUACACAAUCUAUCAAUCCUCAAGAACAGAAAGCUUCCCAUUUGCAUCUGCACUUUUAUCCUCCUCUUCUUCGAAGUGCAACAGUUAGGAAAUUCUUGGUUGGUUUUGAAAUGCUUGGUGAACCACAGCGUGAUCUAACACCUGAACAAGCUGCUCAACGUCUGAGGAAUUGCUCUGAAACGCAUUACAAGGAAAAACUCAAGGUUAGUACAACUGAUAUCUAGAUUAGACGGUACCUCUUUAUUAUUCUAUAUAUAUUUUUUUUGUACAUAUAUAUUGGUUUCUUUUCUAUAGAAUUAUUAUUGUUGUUAUUU